CAUACAAGAAAGUACCAAGAUCUGAUCCCAAGUAGGCAUCAGUAUACUCCAAGUUGAAAGAAAUACCAAGUAAAAACAUAAACUUGAGUUCGUUUUCGCAUCAUUCAUGUGAUAUGUAAAAUAUUUCCACUUUUUCUUAUUGUGUAUUUGAAUUACGGUCAUUGUAUUACGUAAUUUGUGACCAUUUAUCGUUAUUUUAUACACAUCAGUUAUGAAACUGAACAAAUCAACCUUUAUUAUUGUCUUCCUUUUAAGUGUACUCAUUACUGAAGGGGAAAGUUUAUACUGUUACAGAUGUAACAGUAAUCAACCUGGGUGUGGCACUCCUUUGAAUUGGUUAUGGUACUGGGGAGAAACUUGCCCAGAAUAUGACGAUAAAUGUGUAAAAAUUAUUGAAAAGAAAGAAGCUGAGACUGUGAUAACACGUGAGUGUCUAAGCUCUGUACGUGGUUUUAGGACAGACAUUCCAGCUGAUAGAUAUGAAGGCUGUAGACCAGCUGCCAAAGAUGUUAGAUUGGGACAUUACGUAAAUAAUUCCAUUUUCCAACUAGAUAUUCAUAGGGAGUACUAUGAUGAAGUAACAUGGUGUUUCUGUUACUUUGAUCAUAGAUGUAAUACUGCUGCCAGUAUUACAAUUUCAACACUAUUAUUACUUAUAGGUAUUGCUACACAAUUUGCAUCAUAGGACUUUAUGAAAAUAUCAAAUACUUACAUUUCAGGUUUACUUAAAUUCAUUUGCAUACAUUGAAUCCGUGAAAUUUAUCUCAAGUUUCUCUGGUGUAUUAACUUAAUACAUUUCGUGUGUAUAUACAGGAUGUUUUGACCUGGUGCUGAGAAUUUGUCAAAAUUUCUGUUUUAAAAGACCGGCACUGUAAAAUGCACCACCUGGUGUUGGAAAGGAGUACUGAAAAAAAGACAAAUUUUUUGCGCUCCCUAUCGGCAGAAUCAAAAAACUAAUUUUUGACAUCAAACAGUAGAUAGCGCUACGUGUUUUUUUAAUUUAAAGAAAUUUUGAUGAAAUACCACCCGGUCAAAAACACACUGUAUAGUGUAAAUAAGCCGUUUAAGAAUUGUUAUGUUACCAAAUAAUUAAUGUAAAACAACACUCUCAUUCAGAUCUGCAACAAAAACAUCACUAACAUUUCUGCAAAUGACUUAGAAUCUAUAUAGUUAAAAACUUAUGCUUAGAGAAAUGAUAUUCCGUCCAAAAGAUCUUUAGAAAUUAAAGUAUUACUAUUUUUGUAUAAUUAAACAGUAUCAUGUAAGUUCUGUUGAAAGAUUUGUAUGCAGUGCAGGUCAUUUAACAUAUAAAUGAAUAAUUAUUGUACAGUUUAUACUGUUUUAUUGAACAUAAUUAUAUUUUAACACGUCGCGCACUGCCGUCCAUUUUCAAAGAAUCAUUUUUUAAUUUUAUAUCAAAUACUAACUGUUAGAUUUUAUUUCUUUUUAUUACAA